AUGGCUCGUGGACAUCAAAAGAUUCAAUCACAGAAAAAAAAUGCAGAAAAGAAAGCCAAAAUAGCCAAAGCACAUGGACAUGAUCAGAAGACAGCCGCUAAAAAGGCCCUAGUUCAUACGUGCACUGUUUGUAAGUGCCAAAUGCCCGACCCAAAGACGUACAAACAACACUUUGUUAAUAAACAUCCGAAGAAUGCUGUUCCAGAAGAAUUAAUCAACGUGGAAGCUUAAAAUUGAUCACGUAAUAUCCUUUAGAUGGUUGAAAAUGAUCCUAUCUGAGUAAUUACUUACCGAUUACACUAAUUAAUCAUCGAUUUAUUAUCUUUACAUACAUUUUGAUUAUCAUCAAUGACAUUAACAUUGUUCUCAAGCUUGUACGUAAAUAUGUACAAAAAUUUUCGUCGGCGCAAUUACAUAUUUUGUUUUCAUCGCUAGUCAUACACAAGUAAAAUUUGGUGAAUGAGUUUAAGAUGAAAAACUACCAUGUACUGUAUAGAGAGUACUUGCAUCGUGCGGCCUUGUCAUAUUAACUGUCAUCUUGAAGCUGUUAUUAUUACAAUAAAAG